AUGGAGGCCCCUCUGCAGGCAGGAAUGGUGCUGGGCGUGAUGAUCGGGGCCGCAGUCGCCGUGUUCGUCACCGCCGUGCUCAUUCUCCUGGUAGUGCGGAGGCUUCGAGUGCCGAAAACCCCAGCCCCGGACGGCCCGCGGUACCGGUUCCGGAAGAGGGACAAAGUGCUUUUCUAUGGCCGGAAGAUUAUGCGGAAGGUGUCACAAUCCACUUCCUCCCUGGUGGACACCUCCGUCUCCACCGCUUCCAGGCCUCGCAUGAAGAAGAAACUCAAGAUGCUGAACAUUGCCAAGAAGAUCCUCCGCAUCCAGAAGGAGACUCCCACCCUGCAGCGGAAGGAGCCCCCGCCUGCCGUGCUGGAGGCCGACCUGACCGAGGGCGACCUGGCCAACUCCCACCUGCCCUCCGAGGUGCUCUACAUGCUGAAGAACGUCCGGGUGCUGGGCCACUUCGAGAAGCCGCUCUUUCUGGAGCUCUGCCGGCACAUGAUCUUCCAGCGGCUCAGCCAGGGCGACUACGUCUUCCGGCCAGGCCAGCCAGACGCCAGCAUCUAUGUGGUGCAGGACGGGCUGCUGGAGCUCUGCCUGCCAGGGCCUGAUGGGAAGGAGUGUGUGGUGAAGGAAGUGGGCCCUGGGGACAGUGUCAACAGCCUCCUGAGCAUCCUGGAUGUCAUCACUGGUCACCAGCACCCCCAGCGCACGGUGUCUGCCCGUGCUGCCCGAGACUCCACGGUGCUGCGGCUGCCGGUGGAGGCCUUCUCUGCCGUGUUCACCAAGUACCCGGAGAGCCUGGUGCGGGUGGUGCAGAUCAUCAUGGUGAGGCUGCAGCGAGUCACCUUCCUGGCCCUCCACAACUACCUGGGUCUGACCAAUGAGCUCUUCAGCCACGAGAUCCAGCCCCUGCGCCUCUUCCCCAGCCCCGGCCUCCCAGCUCGCACCAGCCCCGUCCGAGGCUCCAAGCGCAUUGUCAGCACCUCGGCAACCGAGGAGCCUCGGGAGGCCCCUGGCCGGCCACCUGACCCCACCGGGGCCCCUCUGCCUGGACCUGCAGGGGACCUGGCGAAGCCCUCAUCCCUGGAAGGGCCCUCGGCCCCCCUGCUGAGCCGCUGCAUCUCCAUGCCGGUGGACACCUCAGGCUUGCAUGGAGGUCCCCGCUCGGACUUCGACAUGGCGUAUGAACGCGGCCGGAUUUCCGUGUCUCUGCAAGAAGAGGCUUCAGUGGGGCCCCAGGUAGUCCCCGUGCGGACUCCCACUCAGGAGCCCCGGGAGCAGCCGGCAGGGGCCUGCGAGUUCAGCUACUGUGAGGACGAGUCAGCCACCGGGGGCUGCCCCUUCGGGCCCUACCAGGGCCGCCAGACCAGCAGCAUCUUUGAGGCGGCAAAGCGGGAGCUGGCCAAGUUGAUGCGGAUUGAGGACCCCUCCCUCCUGAACAGCCGAGUCUUGCUGCAUCAUGCCAAAGCCGGCACCAUCAUUGCCCGCCAGGGGGACCAGGAUGUGAGCCUGCACUUUGUGCUCUGGGGCUGCCUGCACGUCUACCAGCGCAUGAUCGACAAGGCCGAGGACGUGUGCCUGUUCGUGGCCCAGCCCGGCGAGCUGGUGGGGCAGCUGGCGGUGCUCACGGGGGAGCCCCUCAUCUUCACGCUGCGAGCCCAGCGCGACUGCACGUUCCUGCGGAUCUCCAAGGGCGACUUCUAUGAGAUCAUGCGCGCCCAGCCCAGCGUGGUGCUGAGUGCGGCGCACACGGUGGCCGCGAGGAUGUCGCCCUUCGUGCGCCAGAUGGACUUUGCCAUCGACUGGACGGCCGUGGAGGCUGGCCGAGCGCUGUACAGGCAGGGCGACCGCUCCGACUGCACCUACAUCGUGCUCAACGGGCGGCUGCGCAGCGUCAUCCAGCGCGGCAGCGGCAAGAAGGAGCUGGUGGGCGAGUACGGCCGCGGGGACCUCGUCGGAGUGGUGGAGGCGCUGACGCGGCAGCCGCGCGCCACCACGGUGCACGCCGUGCGGGACACGGAGCUGGCCAAGCUGCCCGAGGGCACCCUGGGCCACAUCAAGCGCCGCUACCCGCAGGUUGUGACGCGCCUCAUCCACCUGCUGAGCCAGAAAAUCCUGGGGAAUUUGCAGCAGCUGCAAGGGCCUUUCCCAGGCUCGGGACUGGGCGUCCCCCCUCACUCGGAACUCACCAACCCAGCCAGCAACCUGGCCACGGUGGCAGUCCUGCCUGUGUGCGCGGAGGUGCCCAUGGUGGCCUUCACCCUGGAGCUCCAGCACGCCCUGCAGGCCAUCGGCCCCACACUCCUCCUCAACAGUGACAUCAUCCGGGCACGCCUGGGCGCCUCUGCACUGGACAGCAUCCAGGAGUUCCGGCUGUCGGGGUGGCUGGCCCAGCAGGAGGACACGCACCGCAUCGUGCUCUACCAGACGGACGCCUCGCUGACGCCCUGGACGGUGCGCUGCCUGCGCCAGGCCGACUGCAUCCUCAUCGUGGGCCUGGGCGACCAGGAGCCCACGCUUGGCCAGCUGGAGCAGAUGCUGGAGAACACGGCGGUGCGCGCCCUCAAGCAGCUGGUGCUGCUGCACCGGGAGGAGGGCCCAGGCCCCGCGCGCACCGUGGAGUGGCUCAACAUGCGCAGCUGGUGCUCCGGGCACCUGCACCUGCGCUGCCCGCGCCGCCUCUUCUCGCGCCGCAGUCCUGCCAAGCUGCACGAGCUGUACGAGAAGGUGUUCUCGCGGCGUGUGGACCGGCACAGCGACUUCUCCCGCCUGGCGCGCGUGCUCACCGGCAACACCAUCGCCCUGGUGCUGGGCGGGGGUGGAGCCAGGGGCUGCUCUCACAUCGGGGUGCUGAAGGCACUGGAAGAGGCGGGGGUCCCUGUGGACCUAGUGGGCGGCACUUCCAUCGGCUCCUUCAUCGGGGCCCUGUAUGCCGAGGAGCGGAGUGCCAGCCGAACUAAGCAGCGGGCCCGCGAGUGGGCCAAGAGCAUGACUUCCGUGCUGGAGCCCAUGCUGGACCUGACAUACCCCGCCACCUCCAUGUUCACGGGGUCCGCCUUCAACCGCAGCGUCCACCGCGUCUUCCAGGACAAGCAGAUUGAGGACCUGUGGCUGCCAUACUUCAACGUGACCACGGACAUCACUGCCUCGGCCAUGCGUGUGCACAAGGACGGCUCCCUAUGGCGAUACGUGCGCGCCAGCAUGACGCUCUCGGGCUACCUGCCCCCGCUCUGCGACCCCAAGGACGGGCACCUCCUCAUGGACGGCGGCUACAUCAACAACCUGCCAGCGGACAUCGCCCGCAGCAUGGGUGCCAAGACGGUCAUUGCCAUUGACGUCGGGAGCCAGGACGAGACGGACCUCAGCACCUACGGGGACAGCCUGUCUGGCUGGUGGCUGCUGUGGAAGCGGCUAAACCCUUGGGCAGAUAAGAUCAAGGUUCCAGACAUGGCUGAGAUCCAGUCCCGCCUGGCCUACGUGUCCUGCGUACGCCAGCUGGAGGUGGUCAAGACCAGCUCCUACUGCGAGUACCUGCGCCCCCCCAUCGACUGCUUCAAGACCAUGGACUUCGGGAAGUUCGACCAGAUCUAUGACGUGGGGUACCAGUACGGGAAGGCUGUGUUCGGGGGCUGGACCCGGGGCGACGUCAUCGAGAAGAUGCUCACAGACCGGCGGUCUGCUGACCUCAUUGAGAGCCGCCGGGCGGACGUGCUGGCCUUCCCCAGUUCCGGCUUCACGGACUUGGCGGAGAUCGUGUCCCGGAUCGAGCCGCCCACCACCUACGUCUCCGAUGGCUGUGCUGAUGGGGAAGAGUCGGACUGCCUGACGGAGUACGAGGAGGACGCAGGCCCUGACUGCUCCCGGGACGAGGGGGGCUCUCCCGAGGGCGCCAGCCCCAGCACCGCCUCUGAGAUGGAGGAUGACAAGUCGGUUCUCAGGCACCGGCGCGGCCUGCCGCAGGACGCUGCCAGCUCGCCCCCGGACACCUGA